UGCUCGGGAUGGCUGCGCACAGUUCAGCCAUUCCGAUUAGUGUGCUUACAGUACAGCACACACCCCCUGCCCCCUAGUAAAACACUCCCUGCACUUAGUUAACCCAUUAAUCGCCCCUCAUAUUAACCCCUUCCUGUCCAGUGCCAUUAGUACAGAGCAGGGGCAGACUGGCAACUCAUGGGGCCCCCGGGCAAUAGGGGAUCAUGGGGUCCGUGUCCUCGCUCACACUCAAACCACACCCAAAAAAGCCUAUAAAAGGUACCAGGGGCAUUUCAUGGGGCCCCCUACUGACCCCAGGCCCUCGGGCAGUGUUCGAGUGCUGGAAUGGUCAGUCCGCCCCUGGU